AUUCUUCAACGGGUGUUAUCUGCCUCCGUCACGGUGGACAAGAAGGUAGUGUCUUCAAUCGGCAAAGGCAUCCUCGUCCUGGCGGCCGUGGCUCCCGGAGAUACGGAGAAGGAGUGUGAGAGUAUGGCGACCAAAGUUCUCAAGAUGAGACUCUGGGACGAUGACUCUGGUGGUAGAUGGAAACUAAACGUGAAGGACAUUAAUGGCGAAGUGCUUUGUGUAUCUCAAUUCACACUCCUUGCUUCAACUAAAAAGGGAUCCAAGCCAGAUUUCCACGGAGCCAUGGGAGGAGAUGAAGCCAAGCAUCUUUAUCAUUAUUUCCUCCACAAGGUACAGGCCGGAUACCAAGCAGACCGCGUGAAAGACGGUGUGUUCCAAGCCAUGAUGGAGGUGGCUUUGGUCAAUGACGGCCCCGUCACUCUUGAGAUGAAUGUUGAGCCACCCAAGCCGCCCAUGCCCAAAGCAGCGCAAAAUCCAGCAGUGGGCAAUUAA